GUUUGUUCAAAGUUCAACCUAUUAAACAUUAUAUUAAUGCUAUUGUUUAUAAAGACUGACUAAUCAUUGUGCAUUUAUAUUUUAAAGAACCUUCUUGAGUUUUAAACUUUUCUUUUCUUAAAAAGACAAAAAUUUUAAAAACAUAAAACAAAAUAAAAACAUGGAUUAUUAGAAACAUUAAACUAUAAGCAUAAAAACAGAGUAUCAAAUAAUUUUUGUGUAUGCGUUAGUGACCCUUCAACCUCCGUUGUAAGAGAAAAGAGAAGUUUUAGUGAGUCGAUUCAUAUUGGUGGAAGUGAACAGAACAAUCAAGGCAAGAUGAAUAAAUUGGCAAUUUUUGGUGGAACUGGAAUGACAGGAAAAUGUGCAGUUGAAUAUGCACUUAAAAAAGGCAAACAUGUUAAAAUGCUCAUUCGCAACGAAUCAACAUUGCCAGAAGAAUUCAAGUCAAAAGUUGAGGUCAUUCAAGGUGAUGUUCUGAAUCAAGCUGACGUUGACAAAGUUGUUGAAGGCGUUGAUGGUGUUGUGAUAAUUUUAGGGACAAGAAAUGAUACAUCAGCAACAACAGUCAUGUCCCAAGGGACAAAAAAUAUCAUUCAAGCUAUGAAAAAAUUCGGGAUUACAAAAUUCUCAGCAUGCAUGUCAUCAUUCUUAUUCAUGCCACCAGAAGCAGUCCCAAAAGUAUUCCAUGAGAUUAAUGCUGAUCACUUGAGGAUGCUGAACAUUGUUAAAGAAUCUGGACUUGAAUAUCGUGCUGUACUUCCACCACACAUUGCUGAUGAACCUUCUGCACCAUUCCAAGUUUUAUAUGAUAAGACACCAGGCCGAACAAUCUCAAAAUAUGAUUUGGGUAAAUUUUUCAUAGAUUGUUUGGAAAAUGACGAACAUUCUGGAAAAGUUAUUGGAAUCGCUACAAUUAAGUAAUUUUGUAAGAAUCAAAUUUAACUCGAAUAAUUUUUCACAUAAAAAUUGAGAAAAUUUCAAUUAUCUGAAAAUGACAAAUAAAAAUGAUCAAAUAAACUUUUUAUUG